CGUACACUAGUUAGUUAUUAAUACUAUGAUACUAUGUAUAAUAUAAUACAUAGUAAUUCACUAACUAUGCAAACUUUUUUUCGAGGAUUUAAGGGCUCGUUUGGUAAGAUGUAAAGUAAACAUUUUGCUUGUAAAGUGGACGGGAGUAAACAGUUUACACCGUUUGUUUCAAUUAUUUGAUGUAAACUGUAGGACACUUUUUUAAAACAUUUUACAUUGUCCGAUGUAAAAUAUUUUACGUGGGGGGAGGGUAGUAAACUACUUUACAUCGUUAAUACUACGUAUAAAAUAUACUCCGUAUCAAUUUAAACUAUUACAAUUCAAUGAUUCAUCAUAUCCCUAAUUUUGACGAACAAAACCUCAGGCCAGCAAAAGUUUUUUUUGGCGGCCGUCUAAAAUUCUAAAUCAUUCCUCUCCUGUAUAAGAAGACAAAAGAGACAAUCAUAUGAUCAAAUAUCUUAACCUGCUGUGCGCACUGCAAUCUAAGAGGCCAUGUGAGCUUCUAGUUUUUUUUUUAUUGGUUUUGUCAUGGACCGCGUAUCUUUUAUGGCUCGAGCCGCCAAGAAGGCCGAUGCCGAGCUCAAGGCCGCCCAGGCUGCUGAGGCAGCCAAGAAGUCUGCGGGUGGUCCUCAAGGAGGUGCUGAGGCCGUUAGGAAACCGGCGGCUAAAAAGAGUAGGAGGGCUGCCGAUGAGGGCCAAAAGACUCUGGCUGAAGCUGGACUGAAGCCGAGCCAGGCUUCGAAGAAGACGAAGAGGGCUUCAACGACUGAUGAGGCCGGUGCUCCUUCUUUUCAGGCUGUUGUGGAUGUUCAGCCGCCGGUGCUCCCUCCUGUGAAUGAUCUGCCCUCCUCGGCCAUGGUGGCCUCGGCUUCUCGUGUGCUUCCCUCUACGGCCGUUGCUGCCCGUCUGGAGGAGGCUCUGGCCAAGGGGUCGUACGAAGUCACGGUACGAUACCCCGUGAAAGGUGGUCUUUUUAAUGAGACCGUUGGUGGCGACGACAUGCUUGCUCAGGCUAUGCCUGAGUAUGAUCGUCAGUAUCUCGGCCGACAAGGCCAACAUGUUCGGUUGUACGACGGAGGGAUAGAUUAUGUCGUCCAGGUAAGACAUUUUCCUUUAUGAUUUUUCCUUUGCUUUUGUUUUUUCAUCUCUAACUUUGUUCUGCUUCGUCCAGGGUGCCCUUAUGCUGAGGGAGCAGCAUUGGAGGCAGGAAGCCGAGAUAGAGCGGCUGAAAAAGAUGGAGGCCAAGGCUGCUUCAGCCGAUGAGGCCCUUCAAGAUCUGAGGGACAGGGCCAAGGCUGCAGAGGAUGAAAUGAAGCUCCUUCGGAUGCGCCUUGAUGAGGCCGAGGCGGCCCGGAAUAAGGCCGAUGAAGCUGUUGCCGCCGCCGUCAAGAGGGCCGAGGAGGCGGAGCGGCUCAAAGCUGACGCCGAGGCGGCUGCUGCUAAGGCCGUAGCCGAUUUCAUGGCUGAGGGGUGGAAAACUGAAGACCAGAUCCCCUUCUGCUAUAAGGUGGUGGCCGAGAGGCUCACAGAUUGGGUGACAAAGGACCCCGCCGGCGAGGACUUCUGGAUGAACGAGACGCGAGCUUUCUACAACUGCGGCCAGUAUAGGAUGCAGAGGCUGAUUUACAGGAAGCUUCGUCGUCGCUUCCGGAAGAUGAGGCCGAGGGGCUUGAGUCUACCCCGGCGGAUGAGAAACCCUGAUGAGGACAUGAAGCUCCCCCCGUCGGAGAGGCAGCCUCCGAUCCUUAGCUCGGACGAGGGGGAAGCAUCUUGGAGCGACAGUGAUGAUUACUUGCUCGAAGGGCCAGCUGAUUCUCAGGUCGGUGAGGAUGGUGACGAUGACGAUGCCGG